AACGAUAGUAUUAUCAUCAUUGUUUCCGCACGACCGUCGGGGUUGAUAGCUAGUUACCAAGGCUAAAAUCCCACUGUAACAGUGAGGCAAGAAACUGAAAAAUAUUCACCCCCCUUUACUAAUUCAUUCAGUCUCCCAUCCAACUUGGGAGGAGCAUGUACACAGUGUUCCUUUGGUCCUACUCUGGCAAACUAGCUUUCCUUGUUUGAAGGCCAGCGUUAAUAUUCUGAUUCGAACCCCGCGGUCUAUCUAGAUCCACAGAAGUAUGGCGACUGGCAUCGCUCCCGCUAGGGAUCCCAAUACUCUGAGCAACUACACCACCUGGAUUUGCACUCACACCACUGCCAAUUUUGAUAUCAUUUUCGACCAGAAAAGGCUCGUGGGGAGUGUUGUCCACAAGUUCAGAUCAGCCACCGACUCAGUCUCUCAAGAAAUCAUCUUGGACUGUAAUCAUGUUGCAAUCGGCGAUGUCAAAAUUGAUGGCAAGCCAUCUGACUGGGAGCUUCUUCCUCCUCUGGAACCGUAUGGCACUGCACUGAAGAUCAGACUUGAACAAGGUGUGAAAUUAAAUGACAUAGUUGAAGUUGAGAUCUCUGUGCAGACGACGGAAAAAUGUACCGCACUUCAGUGGUUGACUCCAGCCCAGACAUCCAAUAUGAAGCAUCCAUAUAUGUUUUCCCAAUGUCAGGCGAUCCAUGCACGAUCCAUAUUCCCUUGUCAAGACACACCAGAUGUCAAGUGUACCAUCGACUUCAAUAUUACCUCCCCCCUUCCUGUGAUUGCUAGUGGCCUCCCUGUCCGAGACUCACUAGGCGAGCCACUCUCUCACGGCAAAACUAUAUACCGGUUUCAUCAACGUGUUCCGAUCCCAAGCUAUCUUUUUGCUCUGGCCAGUGGUGAUAUAUCCGAAGCUGCAAUUGGCCCCAGGAGUGUUGUCGCAACUAGUCCUGACAAGCUUCGGGAAUGUCAAUGGGAGCUUGAAGCAGACACGGAAAAGUUUAUCGGUGCCAUCGAGAAAAUUGUUUACCCUUAUGCUUGGGGCGAGUACAAUGUCCUGAUACUUCCACCGAGUUUUCCUUACGGGGGAAUGGAAAACCCGAUUUUCACGUUCGCUACACCUAGCAUUAUCUCCAAGGAUCGUGAGAAUGUCGAUGUUAUCGCCCACGAGCUCGCGCACAGCUGGAGCGGCAAUCUUGUGACCAAUGCCUCUUGGGAGCAUUUUUGGCUGAAUGAGGGUUGGACUACAUACCUUGAGAGGCGGAUUCUAGCAGCUGUGCAUGGCGAAUCGUAUCGACAUUUCUCCGCUAUAAUAGGUUGGAAAGCUCUCACUGACUCUGUGAAUCAUUUCGGACACAAUCAUGAGUUCACGAAAUUGAUCACGGAUCUCAAAGGAAAGGAUCCAGACGAUGCUUUUUCAAGUAUCCCGUACGAGAAAGGCUUCAAUUUCUUGUUUCAUGUGGAAACGCUUGUCGGGAAACAGAAGUUUGAUAGCUUUAUACCUCAUUACUUCACUGUGUUCAAAGGGAAGUCCCUUGACUCGUACGAGUUCAAAGCUACUCUAGUAGAGUUUUUCCGUUCCGAUACGGAGGCAUCCAAAGCUUUGGACACUCUUGAUUGGGACACAUGGUUCUAUGCUCCUGGGCUACCCCCCAAGCCGCAGUUUGACACGUCACUUGUUGAUGUUGUUUAUGAUCUCUCUCGCAAAUGGCAGUCUCUUCCUGGAUCCUCCUUUAAGCCCCAACCAGACGACAUUAAGGGGUUGACAGCGAACCAGAUCGUUGUCUUCUUGGAACAGAUUCUUCUCUUUGAGCGUCCACUUGCCCCCGAACUAUCGAAGACAAUGGGCGAUGUCUACGGGCUUGCUAAGAGCGAGAACAUAGAGGUUGCCAAUUUAUACUUCCAAGUAUGCCUCAAAGCCGGUGACGACAGUAUUGUCGACUCAACGGCGGAGCUACUGGGCAGAAUUGGCAGGAUGAAGUUUGUGAGACCUUUGUAUCGAAGUUUGCAAAAAGUUAAUCGCCCAGUUGCAAUUUCGACAUUUGAGAAGUACCAAGACUUUUACCAUCCGAUAUGCCGGGCCAUGGUUGAGAAGGACCUCUUCGGAAAGAAGGCUAUUUAAGACUGUAAGGGUUAUACACUCCCUUGACAAGCUUUUCGUCUCCCGAGUCACUUGUUGCCCUCGUAUUGUUGUACUUGAAAGGGGGAUUUUCGUCUUGCAAUAAACCCAUACUUUGUAGUGGUUGAAGAACAGAGCUAUCUAGGUCUAAUAGUUGGUUCAUGUAGCGAUGCUUGCCAAGUCAAGUAAUCGUAUGAUUCUCGCUGAUGAUAAAAGCUCGAGCCCAGCAUAUUAUCACGAUAUAGAUAGUGGCAUGUAUUAACCAUAAAAGAGAGCUUAGUUUAACUACCAUUCGACCAU